AAUCAAGUGUGCUUAAACACUCGUGCCACAUCCAGUUUGGAUCGUUUUAUUGCUCUCUGAGAUCACGCGAGUCUUGCAAUAGUGUUCACCAAUCGGCUAAUCAUUGCCAAAAUGAUUUUACUCCUGGAUAAAUGUUGCUUUUGCGUGGACUUACGCAUCGGUGUUUACAUCUGGGCUUGGGUGAGUUUUCUCGUCUCUUUGGCUGGAGUGGUGGUAUGUGCCGUGUUCUUUGACCAAGUGAAAGACGAUGAGUACGCCAAACAAGUGUUUAUUGUCAUCUUCAUCUCCCUAAGUAUCCAUGGUUUCAUCAGCAUCCUCCUGGCCACGGGUGUGCGAAAGAGGAAGGGGUCUCUCAUGCGAAUCUACUUCCUUUUGUACCUGAUGUCUUUCAUCAUCCGAGUCUCCUUCAUUUUGGUUAGUGUGGUGGCCUACUUCUGGUGGAUCAGUUUACUUGGAUUAUUAAUUGAUGUUAUUCCACUGUAUAUGUUGGUGGCUGUGGUAUCUCUGUAUCGGGAAUUUUUCUACUCCAAGAAGAACAAGAAGCCCUCUAACAAUGAGAACAAUGUAGAGAAUGAACUGCCACAGGAGAUUCAAUCCGUGUGACUGCUACAUAACCCGUCUCUCUCCCAAGACUACUAUAUAUAUAUACUACGUAUUCCUGACUUGCCAAACUGAGAAUAAUUUCAAUUAAAAUCCUACCGAGGGAAAGAAUCCA